CACAUCUCUCACACACUGCCAUACCUCACCUGGACCAACACAAAACACACACAUUCAAGACAUGGGGCUCAGAAGGGCAUGGACCAAAAUACCUGGCAGUGGUUCAUAUAGGGGCUAAGUGAGUUGAAGGAUGAAAUCUCUGAUUUUGCUGAUGUGCCUUCUGGGACUAUGUCUAUGGCCUACCACCCUCUCCCUGAAAAUAUGCGCCUUCAAUAUUCAGUCGUUUGGGGAAGCAAAAGCCAGAAACGAAAAGGUCAUGGAUAUUUUGGUCAAGAUUAUUGCUCGCUGUGACCUGUGUUUGAUUCAGGAGGUUCGAGAUUCCAAAGGUGAAGCCAUACCCACACUGGUGAAAAAACUGAACAGAUUUGACAAAUCUCAUUCAUAUGCUCAUUUAGAGAGCAAAAGACUGGGAAAGAAGACCUACAAGGAACAAUAUGUUUACAUAUACCGUAAAGACGUUCUGGAGGUGAGAGACCACUAUUAUCUGCAUGAGGGAGAGUCCAAUCGCACCAAACUCUUCACUCGAGAGCCUUUCAUCAUCAGAGUUCACUCCCCCUCAACCCUGGUGAAGGAUUUUGUUCUUGUUGGACAACACACAUGUCCUAAGAAUGCAAUGAAAGAGAUUGAGGAACUCUAUGGGGUCUUUACGGAAAUCAGCAAAAAAUGGAAAACACAGAAUGUAAUGUUUCUGGGAGAUCUCAAUGCUGCCUGUAGUUACAUCACAAUCAAGGGCUGGAGAGCCAUCCGGCUGAGGAACGACCCCAAGUUCCAUUGGCUCAUAGGGGAUGAAGCGGACACCACUGUCCGUGAGAACACACACUGUGCUUAUGACAGAAUUGUCGUCCAUGGAAAAGAGCUCUACUAUGGGACUGUUCCUGAGUCUGCUCAACCCUUUAACUUCAAGAAACAAUUCCAUCUCUCUGAGGAGGAGGCUCUGGAGGUCAGUGAUCACUAUCCAGUUGAGGUGGACCUGAAACCCAACCACCGUUAUCUUCUUCGACAUGAGCUCUGAUUCCAAUAGACCAUCGACUAUACCAACAAACCCAUUACAUAUGCUUCAGUACUGUGACUUUAAAAAACAAAACAUUUUAUCAUAUUAAUUAGUGAAAGACAAAGACAAAUAAAGGAACCCCCUUUUGCAUUAGUGUGUGCUGUAGCCUACUACUUGCUAAAGCUUCAUUAAAACAUUCAUAUAAUUUCUCAUUUCAUAUUUCAUUGUUCAGUGAGACCCAGGCAUGACUAAGCUGCAGUGGUAGGAUAGAGAUUAAAAGCCAACAGGAAAUUGAAAGUGGGAUAAUUUGAGGCCAAAAUAUCAUGACCCUAUUGGUAUAUUCAAAAUGGCACAAUUUGGACCAGAGCAUUGACAACAGUACUCUGAGAAGCCUUGUAUUAUAACAGCAUCUGGAUGUAAAAUGCACCUACAAUUGUUGGUGUCAUCUAUUCACUUUUUGCAAAAGAACAAUUAUAUGGGCA